UUUCCCAGGCUCUCUUUUCACCUCCAGUGGAUUCUCCCUCAUUGCGCAACCUGGAGAGAACGGAAUCCGGGAAAGACAUUCAGCUUAGAAUCCGAGAUUCUUCCCUGCUGCCAGCUCGGCUCCACCGAACCCUUCCUCGCUCGGACUGCAACCCCAGCCCCAGGCCCAGCCCCAUGGGCCCUUCUCCCGGGCUCAUCUCUCUUCCCCCCAAUCCCUGACAUCCGCAGAAGAGGGCAGAGACCUGGCAGAGGCCGUGAUGGAACCUGAAGAGCCGAGAUUCUGCGCUGCAAAGAUGUGAAAACAAAAUAAGUUCAUCUUAACAGCAAUGCUUCUGAACCAGCAUACUCUAUUUAUUGCAUUACUAUUUUUCCCCCCAUGGGAGCUGAUCCACUUUAUGUCUUCAUCCGCCUUGCUGGAAAUUCCAGUGCAGUCUUGCAACUUAACGAUGACAUCUCAUAAUUUUCAGCACACUUUAUCUUGGAAAUCAAACAGCAGUGCCACUACACCAAUUUACUAUACUGUAUGGUACAAACUUUGGAGUCCCCUUGAAGAAUGGAAGGCCAUUGAAUAUUGCACAAAUAUCACAACAUUAUCCUGUGAAAUUACAGAUAUGUAUGAAAUUAAGGAAAACUACCUUGUCAAUGUAACAGGCUUCAGUGGAAAGGAAAAAUUAGUUGAAUGUCUUCUCUCUUUCUUUCCCAUAACAGAAACAAUUUUAGAUCCACCAGAAAUUAGUGUUUUUGAUUUUAAAGAUGCAAUUAAUGUCACUGUGCGUCAUCCAAAAUCCUUAUCUAAGAUAAGGAAAAUAGAAAAAGAACUUUUCUCAUCAGUGGUCAUUAAAGUGGAGUCAAAUGACACUUUAAUCCAGGUUCUAAAAGCUGAAAUGGCUGACAAAGAAAAUGUAACUGUCACAACAGAUUCUUUGAUUCCAAAUUCAAAUUACUGUAUAUCUGCUCACUGGAACUUCCUGCCUUCUUACCAAAUACGAUCAUCUUCACAAUGUAUCAUUUUUUCUCCUCGCCAAGAAUCAGAAAAAAGCACUAUAAUACCAGUCAUAUUUGUUAUUUGUUUUAUCAUCAUCCUUAUAAUAACAACCUUUAUGGCAACCCUGAAAAACACAGGAUAUAUAUGCAGAAAACCAAUACCUUCUCCCAAAGCAUUGGAUUUCCCUCGUGUUAUACCUGGCCCACUUCAAUUGCAUUAUGAGAAAAUUACAGUGGCAGAGAUCAUUUACAAAACCAAGAAGAAAGAAAUGCUUAGUGAGAGUGAUGACAAAAGUGACAUUGAAGACAAAAGUGACAGUGAUUGUGAAUCAUCUCAGAGAAUAGGAAAUGGUUACACCAUGAAUUGCCUUGCCUCUAGAUCUCUAAGUCAGGACUCCACAUUCACCUGGAAAGAAGGUAAUCCCACUGAUUCAGAUCCAAAAGAACCUGAAUGUCCAAAGAUGGACCCUCCUCUGGCUAACACAGAUAGUGCCACAUCAAAUCAGUUAAAGCCUGGCCCACAUGAAAAGGGAGUGAGUCGUUUAUGGAGCUUCAUUUCAGAAGGUAGUGCUUUUUCUUCUGAAUCAGAAGACUGUUCCAAUUUUAAUGUGAAUUUAAACACUGUAUUUGUGGGAGACCCUGGAGAUGAUAAUGCAUCAGAAGAAGAUGAUGCUCAGAUAUUAUUGCCUUUGCAGGAAGAUAAAAUAAAAUUAGUGGAUUCAGAUGGAUCUGAACUUCUAACUCAGACUGCCUGUGGAAAGAUACCACUUCUCCAUGUCCCCUCUAAAGAACAGCUCUGGUCUGAAAAUUCUUCCUCUGAUGAAAGUGUUACUUCAGAGUCAGAUGAGAACCUGAAGGGUGGUUAUCUAAGAAGAUAAAUCCUGAUAAAACUCAUAGACAUUAAUGAAUAUAAUGUGAUCUCUUUUCCCUCACUAGUUGUAUAUGGUCCCAAAGACUUAAGAGAAAAGGAGGAAAACCAGACAACGAGAACAACUAUCAGGAUAAAAAUCAAAUAUGCUAACUAAAUGCAUAGGAAUGCUAUGAAACUUAUUUUUAUGCAAAACAUUGUUAAAAUCCAUUAAAGUGAAAAUGCCAGAGUUUCCUGAGGCAGAAGUUAGAUGUUUCUAGGAAGCAUAAAAAUUCAGACCUAAAGGAGGGGUAGAGAAGGGGCAGAUAAAAAAUUAAGAACUAAAAGGCUUGGGACAGGUAGGUGACUCA